AAAAAAAAAGAUGGACAGAUGCGAGACAUGUAUGAAAAAAGGCCCCGGGGGGAUCAAGCGGUGCAUGUUGAACUCCAGUUAUGUCAAACUGAGAAACACAGACACAUCCAAACUCACAGAAUGAAGAAAGUAAGAAGUGAAUAAGUUCAUUGUGUGUCAAAGUUCCCGGAAUUCACUGUCUUGCCCAAUAAUUGUCUUUCCUCUGCUUCCCGUGUGCGGCUCAGGUUUAUGGUCAAAGGGUGUUUUCCACUUGGUAGUCACACUCCAUUCUACUAGGAUGAUUAUAGCCUGUCAGAGGACACUAGUGUUUGGUGAAAUAUCAGGGGAAAGUCUGUUGUGGCUGUUGUCAAAAUAUAAAUGCAGCCAUGUAGAAUGUGUCUGGUAAAGAAAUUGUCAGGAUCUUGAAUUUAAAAGCCUUUUGAGAACUGUUAUAAAGUGCAGACACAUUUGUUUUAUUGUUUUGACAUUGGACAGCAGCAAUGUCUGCCAAAAACAGAGAGGGACAAGACUCGCCCUGCUCCUUUAGAACAGCUGGCCUCCUUUACAGACUUAAUGUUUUUAAUAUCACAUGUCUGUUCUGUCCACAGGGCAUGUUGGUGGAAAAAGUGUGUUUUGUCACCAGCAUAAUCAUCUACGAUAUUUUCAGACACCCGCUUUCAUUCUGCUUCUCUCCCACACAGAGAUUUUUACAAAAUUAACUGGUUUUAUGACAGGAAGUCAUAAAAGCAGCUGCUUCUAAUGGUUGCAUUGUCUUUACUCAUAGCAAAACCAGUUCUCUCUCUCUCUCUCUUUCUUCCCCUUGUCCUCACUUCACAGCAAGCCUGGCUCUUUGCAUCCUGUGCUCCAGGCUCAUUAACCAAAUACUCAUUAAUUUAUGUGGUGCAAUUAGUAUCACAGGGUACAGCAUCAGGUUGGGGUUGUAGGAAGAGCUGCACUGUCUCACAAGCUGGAAACAGAUUCAGCUGUAUUUUUUUUUUCAUACAGACGUCCCAGGAUUUCACUGUGAUCUCUCUUUUGAUGUAUCUUAUGAUACUGCUCUUGAAUUGGAACACUGCAACAAUAUAUUGUUGCUGCUUCUAAUGGCCAACUCAACAUUCAUGUCUUUGUUUUUAGAAUAAGAAAUAGCCCAAACUUCAUGAACUCUGUGCCCUCUUCCAUCCACAGCUCUGUGUUUACUGACCUCAGCACUACUAUCAUGCAGAUGGCAUGAAAGAGAGAAUUAAUGAUGUAUUCGUUUGCCUCUCGCACAAACACGCAGCGUCUCUUUCUAUCUCGUUGUCUCACAUCUCACUGCCUGCUAGUUUGUUUGCUCUAAUUAAGUGAAACCAUCAGGGGAUUUGGGUGGGCCCCUCAUGGUCUACUAACAAUUUUGUGGCUCAUAAAUCAAGCAGGAAAGGCCCAAUAAAACGUAAUUCAAUUUGGCUCUGUCACAUGGCCGGGAUGUAAAGACAUAUAAAGGAGGAGCUCGUUGCCCCGCCUCCACGCCUCGCUUUCCUCGCUGCCUGCAGCAUCGUCAACCGGCAGGAAUUCCCCUGUCACCUUAUACACUCGCUUGUCUCGUUGUGAACACUGGCUGUUUGACGGUGAUCACUUAAAUUGUUCAAACCUGGUAAACAUAUCCCUUCUUUUUUACUGCCUGUUCUGUAGCGUUUGAGGAUGAAUAAUGCAGCAGUUGAACAUUUCAGGAGGGCAAACAGGUGUAAGACCCAGAGGGCAGCAUGGAGUUAUGGGAUAUGAUCUGUUUCGAGGCCGCCAGGUGCUACGCAUUUUCACCUGUAGUAAGACAAGACUUUCAUAUUAAGUUAUUGCACUGUAAAAAGAACGUUUAUUACCAAGAAAAAAAUGCAUUGCCAUAGCACUAAAUGUCAUGUUGUUCAGAGCUGACAGGUUUUCAAGGCUUAGGUCAAAGACGACAGCUAAGCCUUUGCACUUAUGCUUGUAUUAAAGUAUUAACGCAAAGCACAAAAACAGCUGGUGGACUUAAACUGCUUCCUGUUAUGAAAAGUGUCUUAAAUUUUUAUUUUUUUUCUUUUUGAAAACGUAGUAGCACUGAAAGCAUUUGGGAUUUUAAUAACGUGAUGGCAUUUUCACCUGAGGGAGAGAGGACAGCACAUCAGCUCAAAUCCCAUAUUAUCUCUCUCUGUUUUGGAGACUACUGUCGUCUGAUUGGUCAGCAACAGAUUAACAGUCAUUCUAUAGUGGCGUGCUGUGUGAGAGAGGGAGGAGGCAAUACUUGUCCUCACUCUCACUUUCUCUGUGCAUCGGAUGAAGGCGCGCUGUUGGCUGUGCUCAGCUUUCAUAAGAGCACCUUCUGGGCGGAGCUUGCGAUGGGAACUGCUACAUUGCUGGAAUGUUUUGCUUGCUCUUGGCGAACACGUUGGCUACCACGCCCUCUUCGCCUUAUGAGACCUUUCCAACCAAUCCGCUGUUACCCUGAGACAGCACCACCUCACUUCCAAUUCCCUCGCAUCAACGGUCACUCUAAAUCAGAGCGCACUGCAAGGGACUCGGCCAUGGGUUACGACAGCGCCUCAGUAAUGAGCAGCGAGCUGGAGUCCAGCUCAUUUGUUGACAGCGAGGAAGAUGAGGAUGCUAGCAGGCUCAGUAGUUCUACAGAACAAAGUUCUUCAUCACAGUUGAUGCGCAGACACAAGCGGCGCAGACGAAGACACAAAGUGGCCAAGAUAGACCGGUCGUCGUCCUUCAGCAGUAUCACAGACUCCACUAUGAGCCUCAACAUCAUCACCGUCACGCUCAACAUGGAGAAAUACAACUUUCUGGGUAUCAGUAUUGUUGGUCAGAGUAAUGACCGGGGAGACGGUGGCAUUUACAUCGGCUCCAUCAUGAAGGGAGGAGCUGUAGCUGCUGAUGGCAGAAUAGAACCUGGAGACAUGCUCCUCCAGGUGAAUGACGUAAACUUUGAGAACAUGAGCAAUGAUGACGCUGUGAGGAUCCUAAGAGAGAUUGUUUCCAAAACUGGUCCUAUUAGUCUUACUGUUGCCAAAUGUUGGGACCCGUCUCCAAGAAGCUACUUCACCAUCCCUCGUGCCGAGCCAGUGCGACCCAUUGACCCUGCAGCCUGGAUUUCUCACACCACAGCCCUGACAGGACCUUACCCACACUACGGUAAACACAACCAGCGACUGUUAUCAAACUGUGAAACACUAUUGUUUAAAAUAACUGUAUUAUAUUUUUUAAUUAUGAUAAACUUACAACAUUUAAAUGUUUUUUUUUCUUUGUCCCACUCAGAAUUUGAUGACUUGCCGCUUUCUGCAAGUAAAACAGAUAUGGCAACUAUCGUCAAGGUGAUGCAGUUGCCUGACUCUGGCCUAGAGAUUCGAGACAGGAUGUGGCUAAAGAUCACGAUUGCCAAUGCCGUCAUAGGUGCUGACGUGGUAGACUGGCUUUACUCCAGAGUGGAAGGAUUCAAGGAUCGGCGGGAUGCGAGGAAGUACGCGAGCAGUCUGCUGAAACACGGCUACCUGAGACACACCGUCAACAAAAUCACCUUCUCCGAACAGUGCUACUACACCUUUGGGGACCUCUGCCAAAACAUGGCGUCGCUCAAUUUAAAUGAGGGAUCGAGUGGUGGAGGCUCUGAGCAAGACACUUUGGCACCGCUACCUCCCACCAGCAACCCCUGGCCUCUGGGCGGGCAGCCAUUCCCCUAUCCUCCUUUCCCCUCCGCACCCCCCAGCUUCCCGCCAGGAUACUCGGACCCAUGCCACAGUUUCCACAGUGGGAGCGCAGGCAGCCAGCACAGCGAGGGAAGCCGAAGCAGUGGAUCCAACCCCAGCGCAGGCAAAGGGAGACGCUCCUCCCCUCAGGAGAAGGGUCACAGGUCAACAUGCAGCGAAUCUGAGCCAGGCGUCCGUGGAGGGAGGCGCGGUGAUAGGUCCGCCAGCCAAAUGAGCCAUCACAGCCACGCCGUCUCCAGCCACAGUCACGCCCGAUCAAGUCUCAGCCACAGUCAUUCUCACAGGAGCCACACUCUGUCGCAGAACAACCACCCCCCCUUCACCUACAGCCACGCCCCCUUCACCCAGCCGGCGCCAGGCUCCUGUGCCCAGAGCGAGCGAAGCCAUGCCUCCUCCUACGGCCCCCCGGGCCUGCCUCCCCCUUAUUGUCUGGCGCGUCUGGCCCCCAAGACCCCGGUCAGCAGUAGCACACCCCCCGGAGCCCCUCCUGGGAGAGAGUUAGCUGCCGUUCCUCCUGAGCUCACCGCCAGUCGCCAGUCCUUCCAGCAUGCUAUGGGCAAUCCCUGUGAGUUCUUUGUUGACAUCAUGUGACAGGACAGUGCCUUUAAAACUCAGUGAGCACAAAACGAUCCUCUCUGAACCCACUCACCCCCUGCUCUCUCUCCUCUUAGUCUUUUGACCGUCGCUAAGGUCAGAAUGUAGACACUGACCGGCCCUCUCCACUGCCCCCUGCUAUCUGUCUAUCCGUCUGAUGUCCAAGCAAAGGAAUACAGGCAGCAAGAGCACAACAGGAGGAGUUCUCUCUCCACACAAGCACGGGUCCUCUGGCUGAUAACACUCUUUUGUAUUGACGUGACGUGUACAGUUUGUGAAACGUGAGUGGUAUUCAGUGUGGUGAUUUCUUUAAAGCUGCCACGCAGACAUUCUCGGUAGUGUGUAACCUACCUAGGAUAUUUUCUGUUCUGCAAGACCUUUAAGCUGGCUGGGCCUGGAUCUCAAUCCCCCAGACCCAGACCGACAACUACGGCCUGCACUUGGGAAAUUUUUUCUGGGCCUAGACUGGACUGCAUUCUUUGGCUCAUAUUUGUGUGUACUGAUAAAUUUAAGCAUGUUACACCAAACCUCGGGCCCCAUUUCCCUUACGCUGUGGCAUUGCCACCAGCUUAUUUAAGCUCUUACCUGCCAACUACUAAAAUGCUAACCUUGAUCAAUUCAUGAUCCGUGGAUUUCUUCAACUUUACAAGGGAGGCCCUGUAGGCAGCCAUUAGUUUAACUAGGCUGCAUAUUGCAUGACUGUCUCAACUGCUUUAAAAAAAAUUUUAUUAAUUCAUUUUGUUGAAAGUAUUAUCAUUAUUGGGGGGAGGAGGUUACCUCUUGCCAAUGUUCUAAAGGAAGAAUCCGUACACUGGAUGAUUUUUGUGAUGUUAUUUAUGUGAUCAUGUUGCAUUGAUGGUGUCAUACUUUGUCUACUACAGCUGACUAACAGACAAUCAGACAUCACCCUUUGUGAAUCAGUGGCCAGUUUCUACUGUCCUAGCUGUGCUUUGUCGAAUGUAUCAUUAUUCCUGUCAGUGACUGAACCCUGACAUUCAUAACACUUUGUUUUAAACUCAUUUAAGUAAGCAAAUCAACAGGAUUGCAAACAGUGGACACCCACCGCGGCAGUGAACGCAGACUCAGAAGGGUUGACGUCAUAAGCGUGAGAGCAUCACGGAUGUGUCUUUCUAGGUGAGUGUGAGCUUCGAUAAAAGUCAGUGCGAUAAAAGCCAAAGUCUCACAUUGUGUGGUGGAUAUUUUGUUGUAAUGUCGGAGCUGUCCUCGAUGUCAAUCUUUUUAUGAUUGCCAUCAGACACUUCUCAUUUUAUGAGUUCUAAGUGACUUCAAGGGGAAUCCUGGCCUUCAGAUGGCGAUCUCCUUGCAAAACAAUGGCAAACCCCUGUUGUAUCUACCUAAAAUACAGCUACAAGAGGGAAACAGCACACACACACACAUACACCCAUACAAACACACAAUAGUUUUAUGAGCACUUUUCCAUUAUGUCUGUCCCUCCCUUUAGUAUGAAACACUGUUUGCAAUCAAAGCUUUCUCUUUAAUUUUGUUUCUUUACAAAAGAAGAAUAAAUUGUACAUAGAAAUUUAUUAUAUAUAUGAAUAAAAAUAUAUAUGUUCAAAA